AAAAAAGAAAGAAAGAAAGAAAGGUUAAAAAAGAUAUUCACCCAGAGCAGGGAAAGGAAAUAUGGGAAUGGCGGACGCUAAGCAGGUGGAACAACUCUUCGAUCAGAAGAAGCCCGUCAAGAAUCCUCUCGUUCCUGUUGGUGCACUGAUCACAGCCGGUGUGCUUACGGCUGGGCUGAUCAGUUUCAGACAAGGGAACUCUCAGUUGGGCCAGAAGUUAAUGAGGGCUCGUGUCGUAGUUCAGGGUGCGACAGUUGCUUUGAUGGUUGGAAGUGCUUACUAUUAUGGAGAACAAUUUAGGGGUUCAAAAAAGUGAAGCCAUAUAGAAUAAUAUUGGUAUACUACUAUGCCUUGUUUGUUAUUUUGAUGGUGAUUUGCACUUUAACAAUGUUCCAAAUAAAACCACACUUACUUUGCCAAAUCAUUUUCUUUCCCGUGGAUAAAUGACAGUAUAGUUAUUCUGCUGA